AUGGCAUCCGACCAGAGUGCUACUCCCGAAGAGGGCGAAUUUUUGAGCCAGCAAGAUGGCCGGUUUAUUAUCGAGUGUCUGCGAAACAUUGAUGAAAGCAGGACUGUCAACUUGACCAAUGUUGGAGCCGCGAUGGGCUAUACCAACACUGCAUCUGUCGGCAACAGAUUCCGUGCCAUUCGCAAGCGGUACGGCUUCCCCAAUCUCGAGGCUACCACUAAGCCAUCAAAUGCGAACACUACCUCGGCUGCUUCUGUACUCAUCACUCCCCCCGGACAAGGGAAGCGCAAGGGCCCCAGUGGUGGAAGAAAGAAAAGCAUGACUAAGACCGAAGAACCCAAAGACCCUUUCAUCACCGACAAUUCCGAGGCCGAAACCAUUAUCACAAUUGAAGUACCCAAGGUCAAGGCAGCCCCUAAGAAGGGGGUCAGGAAGGGAGCCAAAGUGACUUCUACUCCUAUCUCAGCUACUGAGCUUGGAGCUCCUAGGGGAAGCAAGCAUUCUAAGGCAAAUUCAGAGUCGAAGGUUAAGGCUGAAAUUGUGAAGGAUGAGAGCAUUGACGUUAAUCUUCUUAACGCGGUCAAUGACGCGAUGGAGAUAUAUGAGGAUCGCAAGAGCUUUGAAAUGGCGUAG